AUGACGUCACGGCGAACAGCGGAGGCCAAGAGGCCAAGGGCUAUCGCUAUCAUGGCUAGCCGGAGGCAGACUCGGCAGCACAGCCUGCGGAAGCAGUUCGUUCGAGAGCCUUCGGUGCUCGCGCACCACUCCGCCGUCCUGAUCUACGGCAUAUCUCCGAGGGAGAUCUUGCACAUGAACCAGGAUGGGCUCACCGAGCAAAACCUGCAAGAGCUGAAUGAUCUGGGAGGAGCGGACAAGCUGGCGAAGAUGCUUCGGAGCGACGUUACGCAGGGGCUUCCCAAGGGGGACAACCUGGAGGAAAGGGCCACGGAGUUCGGCCACAACUGGAUGCCGGUCCCCGAUCCGAAGACGUGGAUCCAGCUCUUCAUCGACAGCUUCGACGACACCACGCUCAUCAUCUUGAUCGUGUCUGCCGUUGUCUCUCUCGCGGUCGGGUUCUACAGCGACCCCAAGAACGGCUGGAUUGAAGGGGUGGCGAUCCUGUGCGCGGUGCUGGUGGUGGCCGUCGUGACGGCGACGAACGACUACUCCAAGGACAAGCAGUUCAGGGCCCUCAACGCGGUGAAGGACGACGUGAAAGUGCAGGUGGUGCGCGCGGGCGAGAUCCGAGAGAUGUCCACCAGGGAGCUCCUCGUCGGAGACGUGGUCCUGCUGGAGGCCGGAGACAAGAUUCCGGCGGACGGGGUGCUCACCCUGGGCGACGACGUGACGGUGAACGAGUCGUCGCUCACGGGGGAGGCGGAGGACGUGCGGAAGGGGGUGAAGGUAGGGGCCGGCGAGGACGCCUUCCUGCUCUCCGGGUGCACGCUCACGUCCGGGAGGGCGAGCAUGAUGGUGGUGGCUGUCGGCGCGGAGAGCCGCUGGGGAAGGAUCAAGGCUAAGCUGCAGGACGAGCCGAGCGACACGCCCCUUCAGGAGAAGCUGGACGCGAUGGCGGCGACGAUUGGAUACGUCGGUAUGGCAUGCGCGGCCGCCACGUUCGUGGCCACCAUGUGUGUCUACUUCACAACGCACAGGGUGGUCGAGAGCGCUCAGCUGGGGGAGCGCGUGGACACCCUGUUCGAGAACGUCCUCCACUCGUUCGUGCUGAGCGUCACCAUCGUCGUCGUGGCGGUCCCCGAAGGCUUGCCCCUCGCGGUCACCAUCUCGCUGGCCUACUCCACCUCCAAGAUGCUCAGGGACAACAACCUCAUCCGCGUUCUAGCGGCGUGCGAGACCAUGGGCAACGCCACCACCAUAUGCUCCGACAAGACCGGCACGCUGACCGAGAACCGCAUGACCGUCGUGGAGGGCUGGUUCGCCGGCGAGCACUCGACGGACGGCUUCCCGGACGUGGCUGGCGUCGCCGCGGACAGCAUCUGCGAGGGCAUCUCGGUGAACACCACCGCCAGGCUCACGAAGGACGGCGACGGGGCGACGGCGGUUGUGGGCAACAAGACGGAGGGCGCGCUGCUUGCGCUGGUGGGCAAGCUGGAGCAGAACUACUGGGAGCUGCGCGUGCAGAGGAUGAACCCCGGGCGGGGGGACCGUCUGUUCCCCUUCUCCAGCCACCGGAAGCGCAUGACGGCGCUCAUCCACGGCGGUGUCGGGGGCGACCCCGAUGGGCAGCGGGUGUACUCCAAGGGGGCGGCGGAGAUUGUGCUCGCAAGCUGCACGCACCAAACCACUGCGAGCGGCGAGGUCGUGCCCAUCACCCCCCGGGACCGCAAGGCCCUGGUGGAGCUGAUCGAGACUUACGGCGACAACGCCCUCCGCGCGGUGGGGCUUGCUCACAGGGACAUGCCCACGACCGAAAUCUCGGCGAGGACCGAGAACCUCGCGCCGGAGGACCUGGAGCACGACCUCGUGCUGGACGCGAUCGUGGGAAUCAAGGACCCCCUUAGGGAGGACGUCAAGUACGCGGUGGAGCAGUGCCAGGUAGCGGGCAUCAUGGUGCGCAUGGUCACUGGGGACAACAUCGCCACUGCUAAGGCGAUCGCGACGGAGUGUGGCAUCUUCAACCCUGGGUACGGCGUGGCUCUGGAGGGCCCGGCGUUCCGCAAGAUGACUCCCGCACAGCUCGACGACAUCCUCCCCAGGCUACAGGUGUUGGCACGAUCAUCGCCGGACGACAAGCACUUGCUGGUGACGAGGCUGAACGGGACCGCUCUCCCUCGGGACCGCUCAGAGUGGGAGGAGCUGCACCCGGAGCUGGACUGGAAUGUGGACAGGGAUUGCACCCUGCCGGGGUACCGGGAUGAGUGGUUGGCUAGCCGGCCUGAUGGGGGAGAGGUGGUGGGAGCUACCGGGGACGGCACGAACGACGCCCCCGCCCUCAAGACCGCCGACGUGGGUCUGAGCAUGGGCCUCAGCGGAACGGACGUGGCGAAGGACGCUUCCGACAUUGUGAUCAUGGACGACAGGUUUUCUUCGAUCGUGAAGGCCGUGCUGUGGGGCCGCUCGGUGUUCGACAACAUCCGAAAGUUCCUGCAGUUCCAGCUUACCGUCAACGUGGUGGCGUUGACGCUGACGUUCCUCAGCGCCGUGAGCGGCUACGAGCCUCCCCUGAACGCCGUGAUGAUGCUCUGGGUCAACCUCAUCAUGGACACCAUGGGGGCCCUCGCCCUGGGCACGGAGCCCCCCACGCUGGCGCUGCUUCGGCGAAGGCCCUACAAGCGAAACUCGUCCCUGAUUAACCGGAUCAUGUGGCGCCACAUCGCCGUGCAGGCUGUCUACCAGCUGGUCCUGCUCACGUGGCUGCUGCUGGCCGGAGCGGAGUUCUUCGGGGUGCCGGACGGUUCGCCGAAGCACUUCACCAUCGUCUUCAACGCCUUCGUGUUCUGCCAGAUCUUCAACGAGUUCAACGCGCGGUCCAUCACGAACGGCUGGAACAUCGUCAAGGGCCUGAAGAACCCCAUGUUCCUCGGUGUCAUCGUCUUCACCCUGCUGGCGCAGUUCCUCAUCGUGCAGGAAGGGGGCAGCUUCACGAGGACCGAGGACUUGAAUAGCGAAGAGUGGGCGACGACCAUACUGAUGGGAGCGGCCGUGCUUCCCCUAGGAGUGGUGAUGCGUUUCCUGCCCCCGUCCAUCGAGGGAGAGAGAAACUUCGCUGGAUACAAGCCCAGGCACGGCACGAACGGCAAGACCAACGGGGCCCCCAAGGACAGCGCGGGGACGUUCCUCGCCGGCGCGCUGGUGUCGGUAGUGCUGCCGCUGGCCGGCAUCGCGUACUUCAUCGUCUUGAACCUCCAGCAGUUCGCGGAAGCGGUGUCGUCUGCCGCAGCCGCAGCCGGCUCGGUGGAGGCGGAGGCGGAGGCGGAGCUGUGAUAACUUGGACGUUUGGUCGGUUCCGCGCUCGCGGUGUGGUUCUCUCUCCUAUGUCUCUCGGGUUUGUUAGCGGUGGACGAGGAGGAGGGGUUCGGAGUGACUUGGUGCGAGGCGUAGUGAUGGUGAUGGUUGUUUUGAUGGUCGACUGGCUCUUAGCGGCAGGGUUCCUGGGCGAACUCCAGGCUAUACAAUACAGCUAGUGGUUACUAUCUCUCGUGAUGAUGAUAAAGGCUGAGGUCAAGCUUUGAAGUCGCGUUGCUUGUGCUUUUUUUUGUUUUUAUUUUGGCGCUGUAGACUAAGAGCGCGGACGGAUGGAGAGGGGUCGUGGCGACUGCUGCGGUAGGAGAGGCACACGCGAAAAACACUAUUUGAUGACGAGCUUGCUGCCCAGGAAUGACAAGCAGACGAGUCUCUUGUGUGACGCGGUCAGUGCCGACUUGACCUUGAGCAGCGAUUACUACCGGUAUUUACCAGGAACGCCUUUGAUC